AUGGGCCCCUGUACCGCCUCCUCAUGCUGCUGCCAGGUCCAGAGUGUGUCAUGGGCCCCCGUACCGACUCCUCAUGCUGCUGCCAGGCCCGUAAUCUGUCAUGGGCCCCUGUACCGCCUCCUCAUGCUGCUGCCAGGUCCAGAGUGUGUCAUGGGUCCCUGUACGGCCUCCCAUUGCUGCUGCCAGGCCCGUAAUCUGCCAUGGACCCCCGUACCAACUCCUCAUGCUGCUGCCAGGCCCGUAAUCUGUCAUGGGCCCCUGUACCACCUCCUCAUGCUGCUGCCAGGUCCAGAGUGUGUCAUGGGUCCCUGUACGGCCUCCCAUUGCUGCUGUCUCCAUCGCCACACUCUGCCAUGUGCCACUUUCAGGUCUCCUCACACUGCUGGUGGUUUCCAUUUUUGUCAUAGGGUGCUGUAUGGCCUCCCAUUGCUGCUGCCUCCACCGCCACACUGUGGCUCCACACUCUGGUUUUGGCCCCGUGACUGCCCAAAUGAGUGAAGUGUGCGGUGAUUCUAAGAUCGACGGCACUCAUCUGCAUGUCAUACUGACUGUCAGUAUUAUUUCUCUUCCCCAGCAGACUCCAAGGGCAUUUAAAUUAAAGGUACAGUGUUCUGCACUAAUAUAA